AUGCAAAAGAUUCCCUAUGCUUCGGCUAUUGGUAGUCUAAUGUAUGCUCAAGUUUGUACGCGUCCAGAUAUAGCGUACAUUGUUGGAGUGUUAGGAAGAUACUUAAGCAAUCCAGGAAUCGAUAACUGGAAAGCAGCCAAAAAGGUUAUGAGAUAUUUGAAGAGAACAAGAGAGUACAUGCUCACAUAUAGGAGGUUAGAUCACUUUGAGAUCAUUGGAUAUUCCGACUCCGACUUUGCGGGAUGCCAAGAUAGUAGGAGAUCUACUUCGGGCUACAUAUAUCUGUUAGGUGGUGGAGCUAUAUCAUGGAGGAGUGCAAAACAAACACUCAUAGCUUCAUCUACCAUGGCAGCAAAAUUUGUUGCAUGUUAUGAGGCAUCCAACCAUGGUAUAUGGCUGAGGAACUUUGUCACUGGGCUGCGCAUUGUGGAUGGAAUUGAAAGACCACUUAAGUUGUAUUGUUACAAUAAGUCAGGUGUAUUGUAUUUCAACAAAAAUAGGAGCUCGACGAAGUCAAAACACAUUGACAUCAAGUUCCUUGUUGUAAAAGAAAGGGUACAAAGUGGACAGAUUUGUAUAGAACACUUAGGUACAAACUCCAUGAUUGCAGACUCCCUUACUAAGGGUUUGCCACCCAAGGUCUUUCAUGAGCACACUGCUCGUAUAAGUGUUUUAGAUUAUGAGGAUAUCUAG